AUGAGCUCGCCGGGCGCCGAGGGGGCGGGCAAGGCGGCGCCGUGCCGCGUGGAGCACCUGCUGAGCGCCGUGGAGAGCGAGCUGCGGGCGGGCAGCGAGAAGGGCGACCCGACGGAGCGGGAGCUGCGGGUCAGCCUGGAGGAGGGCGAGCUGUGGCUGCGCUUCAAGGAGCUCACCAACGAGAUGAUCGUCACCAAGAACGGCAGGAGGAUGUUCCCGGUGCUGAAGGUGAGCGUGUCGGGGCUGGACCCCCACGCCAUGUACUCCUUCCUGCUCGACUUCGUGGCGGCCGACGGGCACCGCUGGAAGUACGUGAACGGCGAGUGGGUGCCGGGCGGCAAGCCCGAGCCGCAGGCGCCCAGCUGCGUCUACAUCCACCCCGACUCGCCCAACUUCGGCGCGCACUGGAUGAAGGCGCCCGUCUCCUUCAGCAAGGUCAAGCUCACCAACAAGCUCAACGGCGGCGGGCAGAUCAUGCUGAACUCCCUCCACAAGUACGAGCCUCGGAUUCACAUAGUGAGAGUCGGUGGCCCGCAGCGGAUGAUCACCAGCCAUUCCUUCCCGGAGACCCAGUUUAUAGCCGUGACGGCGUACCAGAACGAGGAGAUCACAGCUUUAAAAAUUAAAUACAAUCCAUUUGCAAAGGCAUUUCUUGAUGCAAAGGAAAGAAGUGAUCACAAAGAUAUGAUGGAGGAAGUGGGAGACAACCAGCAGUCUGGGUAUUCGCAGUUAGGUAGUUGGCUUAUUCCUGGGACUGGGACUCUGUGCCCUCCUGCCAAUCCUCACCCUCAGUUUGGAGCACCCCUGUCGCUCUCCCCUGCUCACAGCUGUGAAAGGUACUCAUCGCUGAGGAACCACCGCUCUGCCCCUUACCCCAAUCCCUACACCCAUAGAAACAACUCGCCAACAGCCUAUGCGGAUAAUUCCUCUGCCUGCCUUUCCAUGCUCCAGUCCCACGACAACUGGUCUACUCUCGGAGUUCCCACACAUACAACUAUGCUGCCCAUGAGUCACAGCACUGGCACAGCUACUGGCUCCAGUCAGUACCCUAACUUGUGGUCUGUGAGCAACAGCACCAUCACGCCAGUGUCCCAGUCGAGUGGGAUGUCCAACGGCCUGAGCUCGCAGUUCUUACGUGGCUCCCCAGCGCACUACUCCGCCCUUCCGCACCCGGUCGCUGCCACCGCCUCCGCGUCCCCGCUGUACGACGGCGGGGCCCCCACGGACCUCCCUGACAGCCAGUACGACGCCUCCGCGCACGCUCGGCUGGCAUCCACAUGGACACCUGUCACCCCACCUUCCAUGUAA